AUGGCUACAAUCACUACUCGCACGGGUGUCGAGCUGGAAGACCAGUCCACGGCCGCCGGCCGGACCGGGGUGAUGCAGCGAGACGUCGGCACCAGCAGCGGCUCCGACCGCAGGUCGACACGGGGUGGUGCAAACGAGGACGAUCCUGUGCUCGAGGCCUCACGACUGGCCGAUGCCACCGUUCCCGAAGGCGGUUAUGGCUGGGUGGCCAUUGCUGGCUGCGCCGUCAUCACCUGGUGCCACUCUGGCUUUUGUCGGGUCGCUGCCAACGGCUCUCAUACCUCGGCCCUGGCCAUCGUCAAUGCUCGCAUCGUCCGCUGGCUCGGCAUCCGGCGCACUGGUCUUCUAGGCGUCAGCUUGCUCGGCCUCGGCGAGAUCGUCAGCGGCUCCGCUGUCCAUAGCCUCGCUGGCCUCUUUGUCACUGCUGGCAUUGUCAUGGGCCUCGGCAUCAGCCUCUGCUUCACCACCGUCUCUGUCACGCCCGCUCAGUACUUUAGCCGCCGCCGGGGACUCGCCAACGACAUCGUCUUCGCCGGUGGCGGCCUUGGCGGUGCCGCCACCACCUACCUCCUCCAGGUCCUCGUCCAGAAACACGGCCCUGCCUGGGCUUAUCGCAUCGUCGGCUUCCUCACUCUGGCCACCGGCUUACCUGCUGCCUGGGUCGUCAAGGAACGCACUCCCAUCCGCACUACUGGCUUCGUCGACUGGCGCCUCUUCCGAGACCCAAAGUUCCUCCUCAUUUUCCUCACUGGCGUCAUCGCCACCUUUCCCCUCCUCGUCCCCCCUUUCUUCCUUCCCCUUUACAGCCGCUCCAUUGGUCUCUCCUCCAGCACUGGCGCCGCCCUACUCGCUGGCUACAACUUCGCCUCUGCUGUUGGCCGCAUCCUCUGUGGCUUCUUCUGCGAUAGGCUCGGCCCCGUCAACACCCUCUUCUGCGCCCUGCUGCUCACUGCACUCAGCAUGCUCGCUCUCUGGCCUGCUUCCACCACCCUCGGCUCUCUCGCCGUUUUUGUCGUCAUCAACGGCGCCGCAAACGGCGGCUACUUUGCCACCAUGCCCACUGUUGUCGGAAACGUCUUCGGUUCCCAGAGAGUUGCCGUCGCCAUGGGCAUGGUCGUCACCGGCUGGGUCGGCGGAUAUCUGAUGAUAAGAAUUCUCGGGACAGUCUGCUUUUCUUCAUCACUGACCCUAUUCCAGGGCGCCCCCAUUGCCGGCUAUCUGCUGCAGGCUUAUGGUGGUGCCGACUCUGGUCUCAAGGCUUUCCGGCCUGCCAUGUUUUAUGCCGGCUCUUUGUCCCUCGGGGCAGCAAUAUCUGUGGCAUUGAUGCGGUUAUACAUAAGCAGGUCGCCAUUCAGAAAACUGUGA